AUGGUGCGGCAAGACUCGUUCGACACCGUCCUCGACGACGACCUCGACGAAUACCCCAGUUUCCACAUGAGCCCCUCAUACCCCGUACUGCCCUCGCGACCCAUUUUGCCUCAUAUUUCUACGACAUGCUCUAAUCCUCGAUGCGGUAUUUCCCUAGAGUUCCCGGUGCCUGCCCCACAGCCUCGCCCCGGGACCCUCCUACAAAUACGAUGUUUUGCCUGCCAGAACAUCCUCUCACACGCAUUCUACCCUGGACAAAUACCUUCGUCCUCGACGGUCGCUGCUAGCUCUCGAUCGGGCACAAGCACGCCAAACAACGGGCACAAGUCGUCAACAUCUUCAGCUGGUGCGCAGCAGCGGAAGGGGAGGAAGAUUGGGACGCAAGAACGCCCGCUAGAGACGGGGUACUAUGAUAUCCUUGGGGUGCCGGUCACGGCGACGACAGAUGACAUUAAGAAGGCCUACAGACGGCUCGCUAUCAAGCACCAUCCGGACAAGAACCCGGAUGACCCACAUGCAGAAGAGCGGUUCAAGGAAAUCGCAAUCGCCUAUCAGACCCUAUCCGAUGACGCCCUUCGAAAGAAGUACAACGAGUUUGGACCGAAGGAGAGUGCACCUGAGGGUGGGUAUGUCGACCCAGAGGAAGUCUUCGGGGCGAUAUUCGGCGGCGAACGCUUCGUACCCAUCAUUGGAAACAUCAGCCUGGCACGCGAUAUGAAGACAGCACUACAGGAGGCCGAGGAUGCGGAAGAAGCUGAGGAGCACGAUGGCAAGCCACGGCCGAAGGAUGCGAAGGGAAGGGAGAUCCUGUCGCCGGAAGAGAGGGCGAAAAAGGAAGAGAAGGACAGGAUAAAGGCUGAGAAGGAUCGACAAAAAGCUGCAGAGAAAGCCGCCGCACGCGCGGAGAGAGUGAAGAAGCUCGUCGACAACCUGGAACGCAAGCUCGGUAUCUUCACAGAAUCAGCAACUGGCCCGAACGAUCCAGACGUCUCCUCAAGCUGGCGAACAAUCUGUGAACUCGAAGCCGACGAACUCAAGCGCGAGUCUUACGGCGUGGAACUCCUGCAGACUAUCGGAUUCGUCUACGUGUCCAAAGCCAAGCAUCACCUGGCGACAAAUCAGUCAUUCCUUGGCGUUGGGGGAUGGCUGCACAACGUUCAAGGAAAAUACCACGUUUUCAGUGAAACGGUGUCGACCCUGCGAGCUGCUAUCGAGCUCAAAUCGGUGUUCGACCAAAUCCAGGCAGCGGAGAAGGCAGGCAACCUCAGUCCGGAAGAGAAGAAACGCCUCGAGGAGCAAGCGGCUGAAAAGGGUCUCCAGGCUCUCUUCAAGGGCACGAAACUCGAAGUCGAGUCCAUCCUGCGCGAAGUCUGCGAACGCGUGCUCGAAGACCCGAACAUCCCAAGAGAGAAAUCCAUCCUUCGCGCUGUAGCCCUACAGAUGCUGGGCGAGGCGUACAUGGGCGUCAAGAAAGACGAUGCUGCGGGGCCCAAGGGCGAGGACAGCGACUACGUCAAGAUCGAAACCAAGCGCAGUCGCGCUAGGGACGGUCAACAACAGCCACAGCCGCCCCACCAGAACCAGCAAGGUGGCCAUCAGCAGCAGCAUCGACAGCAGCACCCAGUGCCUCCGUACGGUGGGACGAAGACGACGUAUUCGGGUCCUUACAUGUAG